GACUCACUGCGGAGGAUGAGCUCAGCUGACAGUCUGCUGUUAUUAUGGGCGCCGCCAACACCCAAACACAGUGCGGCACAAGCGCGCGAGUGGUGCUGAGCGUCGCAUCUAAUGAAUGAGCGCUGCGGGAGGAAACAUGAGUCACGAAUGAGGUGCAGGAUGUCUUUCAAGAAGGAAACGCCCCUGGCUAAUGCUGUGUUUUGGGCAGCGAGGAAGGGGAACCUGGCCCUGCUUCAGCUGCUGCUCAACAGCGGGCGCGUGGACGCCGACUGCAGAGACAGUUAUGGAACAACAGCACUGAUGGUGGCGUCGUACAGUGGCCAUUAUGAGUGUGUCAAAGAACUUAUUAUGCAAGGAGCUGAUAUCAACUACCAGAGAGAGACAGGUUCUACCGCCCUGUUCUUCGCCUCCCAGCAGGGACACCAUGACGUUGUGAAGCUUCUCUUUGAAUUCGGUGCCUCUACUGAAUUCCAGACAAAGGACGGUGGCACAGCUCUCACUGUUGCUUCUCAGUACGGCCACUCCAAAGUGGUUGACACCCUGUUGAAGAAUGGAGCCAAUGUCCAUGAUGAGCUAAACGAUGGUGCAAGUCCUCUUUUCCUCGCUGCCCAAGAAGGUCAUGUGACUGUGAUUCGCCAACUGUUGGCGUCUGGCGCCAAAGUCAACCAAAUGAGGGAGGAUGGCACUGCCCCCCUGUGGAUCGCAGCUCAGAUGGGUCACAGUGAGGUGGUGAAGGUGCUACUCUUACGCGGCGCAGAUCGAGACGCUGACAGACAAGAUGGAUCGACUGCGUUAUUUAAAGCUGCUUUUAAAGGACACAACAGUGUUAUUGAAGAACUUCUCAAGUUUUCUCCAUCACUUGGCAUUCUCAAGAACGGCUCCACCGCCCUUCAUGCUGCAGUUAUGGGUGGAAAUCUUCGAACAGUUACGCUGCUGCUCGGGGCCCAUGCAGACCCAAUGCUGCCCAACAAGAAUAAUGAACUCCCGGCAGAUCUCACAAAGAAUGAUCGCAUCCUAAAUGUAUUACGUCCCAAAAUAUUGAAUGGGAGCAGCUGAUGAUGACAGAGAUCAAUGCUUCAUGCCUGCGCCUAACACACUGGUGGGAAAACAAAGCAUCAACCGUGACGAGCCAUUUUGAAGCCGAACUUAGCAAUUUGGAGUCAGCAUUCCAGAUAUCGACAAUGUCGUCAUGAUUAUUCAAAACAGCAACUA